ACGAGAUUGGGGAUCGAUGGCACGUUAGGAAAUUUUUUCUCUUCCGGGUCACGUUUAGACAAUUUUGUUAUUUCUAGACAUUCAGGACUAAUCCAAGAACACUACUUCGAUGUCCAACUAAUUUUGGAGCGGCAAUCGUGCCCGGGUAAGGCUAAUUUGAUCGAGGUUAUCGGGUGGAUUAUCGUCGAAUAAGUCCGUGUCGGGAGUUUGUGUUACUCCAGCCACGCGUGUGUGCGCCAUCUGAACGAGCGGGAAAGUUUUGAGCGGGAAUUUCAAAGUGAUCGACAGACGAUCGGGAUGGCACUCUACGACUGCGUGGUUGUUGGCGCUGGCAUCAUGGGCAGUUGUACGGCCUAUCAUCUUGCUAAGGAGGGAAAGAAGACUCUGUUACUUGAGCAGUUUUUCUUGCCUCACUCACGAGGGGGUUCCAGUGGGCAAUCAAGAAUUAUACGCAAAGCAUAUAGCAAGCACUAUUAUGGUGACAUGGUGGCUGGCUCUUAUGAAAUGUGGAAAGAAUUUGAAAAGGAGAGUGGAGAGAAGUUACAGUAUGACACUGGGUUCCUUGUCAUCGGACUGGAUGGGACGAGUUCUCCUAGUGGUGAAGAGUUAAAGAAUAUGCGAGCGACGCUACAGAGGUUCAACAUCCCUCACGAUGAGCUCAGCAAUGAUCAAAUUAAAGAAAGAUAUCCGACUCUGAACUACCCAAGCAGUUAUAGGGCUGUCCUUGAUAAAGCGGCUGGUGUACUGGUUGCUGAGAAAUGUGUAAAUGUUGUUCAGAACCUGGCAAAAAGGUUCGGUUGUGAGAUUCGAGAUGGAACAAAAGUAACAGAGGUUAUUCCUGGUGAUGAUGUCACAACAGUCCAGACAUCCAAUGGCAAUUUUAAGGCAAAAUCUGUGGUACUAGCAGCAGGUGCAUGGACAGAAAAAAUAAUCAACACAUUGGGAAUUGUAUUACCUGUUGUGCCUCAAAGAGCAACUGUGAUGUACUGGAAAUCGAAGGAUCCUCAACAGCAUUUGGCGAAAGAUGGUUAUCCGAGCAUUUCUUGUAGGAUUGAGGAUGGCCGUGGCUUCUUCUAUCUGAUACCAUCUUUAGAAUACCCGGGUUAUUGUAAGGCAUCAUUCCAUGACUACCGAAGAAAUUCUCCAGAUUACUGCGAUCCAGACAGUCGUAAUCUAGCCUCGGAUGCUGCAUUUAUAAAUGAUGUGGCAACUUACAUCAGAAGAUAUAUGCCAGGACUGGAGGACAAGCCAUCCAUCACUGAAUACUGCAUGUAUACGGAAUCUCCAGACAGAGAUUAUGUCUUGGAUGCUCACCCAAAGCACAAGAACAUCUUCAUUGCCACAGGCUUCUCAGGUCAUGGUUUCAAGCUUGGCCCAGCUGUUGGAAAAGUUUUGGCUGAGAUGGCGACUGGAUGUCAACCAAGUUAUGAUAUCUCGCAUUUCAAAAUAGGAAGGUUUUUAAACAAGGCAAAAGCCAGAUUAUGAGAUUGGUCACAUGAAAGUUGGAGGCUUCAUCCAAUGAAUUUUAACUCAACUGAUAACGGAAGCAUGCUCAAGAGAGAACCUGACAUCUGUCAGCGAAUCCAGGAAAAAAAUAUAUGCAUGUAAUGUAUAAGAUCAGCUAUAGACUGAGCGCCCUUUGGAUGUAAUCAGCAAUACAAUGUUUAUUUCCUUCUCUUUUAAGAGAAAAUAUUGAAUUUUAGUUUUUGAUACCUGUCGGUGCUGUUACAGAAGUUACACUCAGGAGCUCAAGUUCUUCUGCAAAGAUGCUAUUUUUACUGAAUAUUUAUUAUUUGAUUUCUGGUUAUAAGUAACAUUUUAGAAAUUAAUUCCAAAUGAUACUUGAUCUUUUAUCAUUGAAAAAGUGUAUCAUGAUAAUGUUGGGCCAGCAUUUGUGAUUAUUACUGAUUUCUUGUGAAAGUAUAGCCAGAAGGCAUUUGUAGAACAGGUUUGUACACUUUCUAAUUCACAGGGACUCAUUACUCGUGCUGAACAUCAUUAUCUCGAGACUCUUCUCCUAAGUGGAUGUGUUUUAUACAGUAUGGACAUAGAAUAAUGCAAUUUGAAGUAUGUUAUGGGCCUACCAAUAAAAAUGCAAUGCCUGUUCAUUCAGUGUUAGUUUCCAUUCCUGAAGCCUAUCCGCAACCAAAGCUGAAUUGU